UCUUUCAGCCAUGGGAACCCUACUGCUCCUUUGUGCUUUGGGGGUUUUAAUGAGUUGUCCAUUCUGCGCUGGCUGGGCAGGGAGGGAGUUUGCCCUGUCUUUUAUGCAGAAUUAUGCUCCACACUAUGACAGUCCUCAGUUUCAGCUCUAUAUCACAGCUGUUCAAGCUAAUACAAAAGUGACAGUGCAAGUGCCUCCCUUGAACUUCAAGUUAGAAAAACCUCUGAAAGCAGGAGAAGGGACCAUCAUCAGUGUUCCUAUUACUGUCGAGAUGUAUGGCUGCCAGAAGUCUCCCAACACAGUGCGCAUUGCAUCUUCAGAAGAUGUGUCUGUAACCGCUCUUAACUACAAGCUGUACACAGCAGACACCUCUCUGGUAUAUCCAACCACUGCGUGGGGCACAGAAUACUUCAUCUUCAAUCCUCCAGGAUCCCCGUAUGGCUCCUUUAAAGAGUUUGCUGUGACAAACGGAAAGCAGAAAAACAGGGUGACGAUUUUCCCCAAUGAACCUAUCACAUUCCAGGGCCGUGUCUAUACAAAAGGCUCUAACAUGACGAUAGAUCUUGAGCCGUAUGAGAGCAUCCAGCUACAGAGCUUUUAUGAUCUCUCUGGCAGCAGAGUUUCCUCCCAGCAUCCUGUUGCUGUUUUCACAGGGCACACUUGUACCUGGCGUUUCUCAAAAUGCAACCAUGCUUUUGAGCAGCUUCUGCCAGUGAGCAACUGGGGAACCAGCUUUGUCAUCCCCCCUCUGAGCUUCCAGAAUAAAUUUGAUACUGUUUACCUCCUGGCCUCUCAGCCCACCCAAGUCACUGUCAACAAUGGCAAGAGCAACUAUGGCUUCAGUUUCUCUAAGGGGGAAGUGAAGAAGAUUGACUACAGUAAUCCUGAGACAUUGUUUAUUAAGGCUGAUCGUGGUAUCCAGGUCCUUCUACUCUUCAACGGUGUCAAAAGUGGCUGGUACCAGUUCUACGACCCAUUUUUGAUUAGCAUUAUGUCCACAGACCAUUUCUGUUCUUCUUACUCACUGCCGGCUAUUGGGGGUUUUGAAAAUAAAGCCCUGAUUGUUGCACCAACAAGUGCAACAGAAACACUGAGGUUUAACAGUGAAAAACUGCCAAAAGGUGUUCAGUGGGUAAAGAUUGGAGGAACAGAUUUCUCCUGGGCUGAGAUGUCCUACAAAAAAUUUUUUUUUUUUGACGACAAAUCUCCCAUUGUGUCUAGCUCCACUUCCAGCUUUGCUCUCUACAGUAUAGGACUCAGUCAGAUGAAUGGUUAUGGUGCCCCAGGACAGUGUAUGCAACAAGGUAAGGUUGGAGCUCCCCAACCUGUCCUGUCCUGCAGCAGUAUCACCUGCAGUUCUGAUGAAGUCUGUGAGAUGAGUGGUGGGUAUCCCUCCUGUGUCCCCAAACCACCAAAACUAAACAUUGGUACCUGCUGGGCCAUGGGAGAUCCUCACUACCGCACUUUUGAUGGUCUACGCUUUGACUUUAUGGGCACCUGCACCUAUGUCAUUGCUAAAAACUGUGGAAAGGACAGUGAUCUUCCAGCUUUUGAAGUCUUUGCCCAGAAUGAGAACAGAGGAAGUAACAAAGUGUCAUACGUUGGCCUGGUCAUGGUAAAGGUGUACGGCGUGACCAUCACAGUAGUUCGGUCUGAGACAGGUCGCAUAAGGAUUGACGACAGCUUAUGGAGCUUGCCAACAGUUUUGAACAAUGGCAAACUGAAUAUCUUUCAGAGUGGUCGCUCUGCAGUCAUAGAGGUUGAUUUUGGUCUGACAGUCCGUUAUGACUGGAAUCACAAUCUUGUGCUCACUUUGUCUGGCAAUUAUGCUGGUAAGACUUGUGGACUCUGUGGUAACUUCAAUGGCAAACCCAAUGAUGACUUCACCACACCUUCUGGCACUCAGGCAAAUGGGGUUGUAGCCUUUGGGAGCAGCUGGAAGGUGCCAGGGAUGGUAAAAGACCCUCAGUGUAGAGAUGACUGUGUGGACGGGUGUGGUACCUGUGACCAGAACCAGCUGAAACAGUGGGAGAGUGACUUAUUUUGUGGGAUCAUAACAGGGAAAAAAAAUGGUCCUUUCAGCCAAUGUCAUGCUGCUGUUGAGCCACAAGCAUACUUGGAAAGCUGCAAAUAUGAUUUAUGCAUGGGAAAUGGUCUGCGACAGUUUCUUUGCAAGGCUCUUGAGGCCUACAGUGACGCCUGCCAGGAUGCCGGAAUCCAGAUUCAAAACUGGAGGGAGAUGGCAAAAUGCCCUGCCAAAUGUCCAGCCAACAGCCAUUACGAGCUCUGUGGCAAUGCUUGCCCUGCCACUUGUUCUGACCCAAGCGCUCCAUCCAAAUGCAAACGCCCCUGCGUGGAGACCUGCACCUGUAAUGCUGGCUUUGUUUUAAGUGGAGAAAAGUGUGUGCCUGCUGCUGAGUGUGGCUGUACAUAUGACGGUCGCUAUAUUCCUGCUGGGGAGGAAUUCUGGGCUGACAAGGACUGUAAGCGAUGGUGUAAAUGUGUUCCUGGAAAAAGAAAUGUAGAGUGCCAGAAUAAAGGCUGUGGGGCAGGGCAGCAGUGCCAAGUGAUUGAUGGUAUAAGGAAAUGUCAAGCAGUGUCCUACAGCACCUGCCAGGUAACUGGUGAUCCCCAUUAUGUGACCUUUGAUAAGACGAAGUUUGACUUCCAGGGUACAUGCGUGUACCAAUUGGCAGCACUCUGCUCAAAGGAUCCAGAGUUGGUACCUUUUGAAGUCCUGGUACAGAAUGAGCACCGGGGCAGCAACGUGGUUUCCUACACCAAGUUAGUAGAGAUCAAAGUGUACGCUAACAGCAUUGUUAUUACAAAGACAUACAAAGGCCAGAUUAUGGUGAAUAAUGAGCUGGUCAACCUGCCUAUUAAACUGAAUAAAGGAUUGAUAUCUGUAUAUAGGAGUGGCUGGUACGCUGUUGUCACAACAGAUUUUGGUCUCAAAGUUGCCUUCAACUGGGAAAGUGCUCUAUUUUUAACAUUGCCAAGCAACUACAUGGGAGCCAUUAGUGGCCUCUGUGGCAACUACAAUGGCAAUCCCCAAGAUGAUCUGACCCCAAAGAAUGGCAACAAACCUGUUAAACCAGCAGAUUUUGGUGCCAGCUGGCAAGUGGCUGAGAUCCCAGGCUGUGUCCACGGGUGUAAAGGGGUUUGUCCCAACUGUGACAUUACCCAGAAGGCUCAAUAUGAAAAGCAAGAUUAUUGUGGUGUGAUAAGAGACCCCAAAGGGCCGUUCCAUGACUGCCAUACCAAGGUGGACCCAGCUGGCCACUUUGAGGACUGUCUUUAUGAUGUAUGCCUGUAUAAUGGCCGGAAGGAUGUGUUGUGUCAGGCUAUUACGUCAUACACAUCUGCCUGCCAUGCUGUAGGGGGCAAGGUAGACAGCUGGAGGACCAGUCAGUUCUGUGCAGUGAAAUGUCCCAUUCACAGUCACUAUGAAGUGUGUGCAACUUCCUGUCCAGCAACGUGCAAUACUUUGGCUCCUCCUCAAGGUUGCAAGGCUGAUUGCCAGGAGGGCUGUUCCUGUGAUGAAGGGUACAUCCUCAGUGGAGAUGCCUGUGUUCCUUUCUCACAGUGCGGCUGCAUCCACAAUGAUCGCUACUACCGCAUUGGCGAAGUGUUUUAUCCCAGUGGAGAGUGUCAGGAGGAGUGCAACUGCACACAAGAUGGACAGGUUGAAUGCAAGAAGUUCACAUGUGGCCCUAAUGAGAAGUGCAGAAUAGAAAAUGGAAUCCACAAAUGUCAUCCAGAUGGAAAAGGUGUGUGCCAGGCCUCGGGUGACCCCCACUACCUUUCUUUUGAUGGGCAGAAAUUCGAUUUCCAGGGCACCUGUACUUACACACUUUCUAGGACCUAUGGGCUGGAAGGUACCCACCUGGAACCCUUUUCUGUAAAAGUGGAGAAUGUACAGUGGGACCGAAUGAUGGGAAAGCAACAGGUUUCUGUCACCAAGCUGGUUGCUGUGGAGGUUUACGGUUUCUCUCUCAUCCUGAGGAACAAGAUGUUUGGAGUGCUGGUUAAUGGAGUGUUUAACAACCUUCCAGUGAAUCUUAAUGAGGGAGCAGUGAAGGUCUAUCAAGAAGGCAGAAAUUAUGUGAUUGCAACUAAUUUUGCUCUCAUUGUCACUUACGACCUGGUCUAUCAUGUGACAGUCACAGUACCUGGGAAUUAUCGUGGAAAAGUCCGCGGCUUGUGCGGCAACUUUAAUGGAGACAGAAAAGAUGACUUUCAGAUGCCCAACAAUCAACUCACUGAAAAUGUCAAUAUGUUUGGAAAAUCAUGGAAGGUCACCAUUCCCAAUGUGGUGUGUGAAGACGGUUGUGAAGGGAAGAACUGUCCUGAUUGCAGACCAGCUCAAAAGGCUGUAUUUUCAAAGACCACUUACUGUGGUAUCCUUACAGCACCCACAGGUCCAUUUGCAGUCUGUCAUAGCAAACUGGACCCACAGCUGUACUUUGACAACUGUAUGUUUGAUGUUUGCGCCUCUAACGGCGAUGGAAAUGUGCUUUGUGACAGUGCAGCAGCCUAUGCCUAUAACUGUCACAUCGCAGGAGUGGACGUCAAAAACUGGAGAACUCCUUCAUUCUGUCCUAUGAAAUGCCCCACCAAUAGCCACUAUGAGGUGUGUGCAGAUGCCUGCUCUGCUUCCUGUCCAGGCCUCACAGAUAUUGUUGAGUGCCCUACCGGCUGCACAGAAGGAUGUGAAUGUGAUACUGGCUUCCUAUUCAAUGGACAGAUGUGCAUCAAAGAGGCUGAUUGUGGCUGCUAUGAAAAUGGGAAAAGUUACAAGCCAGGUGAAGUUGUGUAUGAGGAGAACUGUAACACAAAGUGCACCUGUAAUCCACCCAAUGGCCUUGUUUGUGAAAAGCAUUCCUGUCCUCCUACCACCAAAUGCAUGAUCAAGAAUGAAGUCAGGGCAUGUUACAACACAGAUCCCUGCAAAGACGCCAAAUGCCGUGCCCAGGAAAAAUGUGAUAUUGAGAAGGGUGAGGCUGUGUGUGUCCCCAAAUACACAGGCACCUGCUGGGCCUGGGGGGACCCCCACUACCACACAUUUGAUGGUUACAACUUUGACUUCCAGGGAACCUGCAAGUAUGUCAUCUCCAAGACCUGCGGUAACCUAGAUGGCCUAGUUCCAUUUUCUGUCACUGAGAGGAAUGAUAACAGAGGAAAUACAGCAGUUUCCUAUGUCAGAGAGGUAGAUGUGCUUAUUUAUGGGUACACCAUCACCAUCCGGAAGAACCAAGCCGGUCGAGUCACGGUGGAUGGGAAGCUGCUGAAUCUUCCUGUACAGCUGGGUGAUGGUGAGGUAUCCAUUUUUCAAAGGGGGCCAUCUGCAGUGGUAGAAACUAAUUUUGGUCUAUUCGUCUCCUAUGACUGGAACUGGCAUCUUGUCAUCAAGCUUCCCAGCAGCUAUUAUGGCAGUGUCUGUGGUCUGUGUGGCAACUUCAAUGGUAACAACGGAGAUGAGCUCCAGAAUCCAGAUGGUAAAGCUGUCUCCUCAGUGAUAGAGUGGGGAAAGAGUUGGCAAACACCUGAUCAGGACAAAGACUAUCUGUGCUCAAACACUUGUGAGAAAAACUGUCCUACCUGUGGCGAUAACGAGCAGAAACUCUAUAAGACUGAGGCUUUAUGUGGGGCCCUCACAGUCAAGACCAAUAGUGUUUUUGAGAAAUGUACUGGAAAAGUGGACCCCCAAGCCUUCAUGAACAACUGUGUGUAUGACAUGUGCUUCAGUAAGGGAGAUAAAAAGAUGCUGUGCCAGGCACUAGCCUCUUAUAGUGCACAGUGUCGUGAGGCAGGAAUAAUAAUCAAGAACUGGAGAGAAAAGUUUGGAUGUCCAAUGAACUGUCAGAGUAACAGCCACUACGAAGACUGUGCCAGCCCUUGCCAGCCAUCAUGCCCAUUCCCUGAGGAAAAGCCGAAGUGCAGCAGUGCUUGUGUGGAGGCAUGUGUGUGUGAUAACGGUUAUGUCCUCAGUGCUGGUGUGUGUGUGCCUGCUAAAUCAUGCGGUUGCUCUUAUGAGGGCCGCUACUAUAAGCCAGGCCAGCAGUUCUGGGCUGAUGAGGCCUGUGGUCGUCUGUGCGUAUGUGACACCACUCUGGGCAUGGUGACAUGUCGUGAGGCUUCUUGCUCUGCUAAAGAGAAAUGCACGGUGGUGGAUGGAGAGCGUGUCUGUCAACCCAUCAGUUAUGGCACAUGCACAGCCUCGGGUGAUCCACACUACCGCACUUUUGAUGGGCAUAGGUAUGACUUCCAAGGGACAUGUGAAUAUCAGCUGGCGGGACUGUGCUCUCAACAGCCUGGGCUGGAGCCGUUCAAAGUGAAUGUGCAAAAUGACAACCGAGGAAGCAAGGCCGUGUCCUUCACAAGGACUGUCAAAAUUUCUAUCUAUGGUGCCACUCUCAUCAUUAGCAGAGAAUACCCCUACAAAGUCUUGCUCAAUGGGCAGCUUGCUUCACUGCCUCUGGAUUACAAUAAUGAGCUGGUUGUGUUUCUGAGUGGUCGUACAGCUGUAGUGGAGACAGCUGCUGGAAUCACUGUGAGUUUUGACUGGCAAAGCACCGUGAGUGUCACUCUGCCCAGCAGCUACCAGGGCUCUGUGUGCGGUCUGUGUGGCAACUACAAUGAGAAAGCACAGGAUGACCUGACCAUGCAGAAUGGCAAGACUGCCUCUGAUGGAACAAAGCUGGGGGAAAGCUGGCAAGUGGCCCUCACACCUGGUUGUUCAUCAGCCUGCCAAGGAGCAUGGUGCCAGGCCUGUUCAGACUCCCAAAAGAAAGAGUACCAAGCCAGCAAGUACUGUGGCAUCAUUGUUGACAAGGCAGGACCUUUCAGAGAGUGUCAUAGCCAUGUGGACCCUGUUCCUUACAUGGAGGACUGUGUGUAUGAUGUUUGUCAAUAUAACGGGCACCAAGGUUCAGUGUGUGAUGCUGUGGAAGUGUAUGUGUCUGCCUGUCAGAGCCAAGGAAUCACCAUCCUCUCCUGGAGAACAGAUUUAUUUUGCCCAAUGGUGUGUCCUGCCAACAGCCAUUACACCCUGUGUGCCUCAGGUUGCCCUGCCACCUGUGCUAGUUUAACCUCCUUCUCCACCUGCAACAGGCGUUGUGCUGAAGCCUGUGAGUGUAACCAAGGUUACCUACUGAGUGGAGGUACCUGUGUGCCUUUGAAAGACUGUGGAUGUUCCUAUGAUGGUCAAUACUAUAAGAAAGGGGAUGGUUUCUACCUUGAAGACAAGUGUAUGGAGCAGUGCAUUUGUGGAGAGAAUGGGGCUGUAUCUUGCCAAAAGGCCAAGUGUCGUCCAGGAGAAGUCUGUAAGCUUGUGAAUGGAGUGAAAGGCUGCCACCCAGAGGGGCAAGGAAAGUGUGUGGCUUCAGGUGACCCACAUUACAUCUCCUUUGAUGGAUUAAAGUUUGAUUUCCAGGGUACCUGUGUCUAUGUACUGGCCAAGGUUUGCAAUGAUGACAAAGACCAGCUUAUACCAUUCAAUGUCACUCAGGGCAAUGAAAAAUAUGGAAAUGGAAAAGUAGCUGUAACCAAGUCAGUUGCAGUGACAGUCUAUGGUUAUGUCAUCUACAUCCAGCAGCGAGUGCCAUGGAAAGUUAUUGUGAAUGAAGAACUUCUCAAUCUCCCUCUCUCUCUGGAUGAGGGGCGUCUCACAGUCAUGCAGGAAGGUCAUAAUAUAGUAGUCAGAACGGACUUUGGGCUGAAAGUCCUUUAUGACACUGUGUACUAUGUUGAGGUGAUUGUUCCCUCUACGUACCAGGAUAAGAUGUGUGGUCUUUGUGGCAACUACAAUACAAAAAGUAAUGAUGAUUUCAGACUUCCUGGUGGCAAACAAACAAACAAUGCAGAUGAAUUUGGAAAGGCAUGGGUGGUUGAUCUGCCAGAGCAUGUGUGUGGAGGCUGUGGAGCUCAGUGUCCAGUAUGUGAUCACACCAAGGUUGCUUUGUAUGAAAAACCCGACUUCUGUGGCAUCAUAAGUGCAACUAAUGGCCCUUUCAAAGCUUGCCACACUACAAUCAACCCAGCAGCAUAUGUGUCUCAUUGUGUGUUUGAUGUCUGCGCUGUGGGUGGCAAUAAAGAUACUUUGUGCAGCAGUGUGCAGGCCUACGCUUUGGCCUGCCAGAACGCAGGGGUUCAAAUCCAGUCAUGGAGGAGCAGCUCCUUCUGUCCUGCCUCCUGCCCUCCACACAGCCACUACGAGGUGUGUGCUGACACCUGUGGUAGGACAUGUGCCAGCUUUAUUCAGCCAGUUUCUUGCCCUGAAAGCUGUUUUGAAGGAUGCGAAUGUGAUGCUGGCUUUGUUUUUGAUGGAAGUCAAUGUGUUCCCCUAAACAUAUGUGGGUGUGUGUACAACGGCAGAUAUCUGAAGGUGGGCCAAACAGAAGUCGACAAAGAUUGUACGUCUAUGUGUGUGUGCCUUGCGUCUGGGCAGGUUCAGUGUAAAAAGCUGUCCUGUGCCAGUGGGGAGGUUUGUGAUGUAAGAAAUGGGAUCAGGGGUUGUCAGAUUAAACAGCAUCACUGCACUGUCAGCCAAGCUGGCAAGCUGAGCUUCUUUGAUGGCAUGUCUGGAGCGAUUGAAGCACAAGGGGCAUUCGAGGUGGCGUCACUGUGUGAUGAGGCCUCUGAGCAGUGGUUCCGUGUGGUCGUGGAUGUCAGGAUCUGCAGAAAGGGGGCACCUCCAGCUGCUGCUGCUGUGUAUGUGUUCUUCAAGGACACUGUCGUGACAGUGAACAGCCAACAUGAAACCUGGGUAAAUGGCAGGAAAGUGAAUCUUCCCAGCAAAGUGACAAAUGAGCUUACAGUCCAAAUCUCGGACAUGAGUGUUGUCAUUGAAAGGCUUUCAACUGUACGGGUCACCUAUGCAAUUUCACAGGAGGUCACUGUCACUGUUGACCAUCACAUGUCUGAUAAAAUGUGCGGUGCCUGUGGCAACUUCAACACUGACUCCAAAGAUUAUCUGAAGACAGCAGAUGGGAAAAUGACCAGGAAUAUGUCGGUAGUUGUUGACUCAUGGCUUGCAGGAGACUUCCCUAGAUGUGGCCUGUAGAAAUGUAUGGUCUGUGCUGACUAAUGCACCUGGUUCACAGGAUGAAGAAAGCUGUUUGUUUACUACUCUGCUCAUCACAGUUUGCUACUUCCUCUUGAUUCAUACAGUAGUUUUCAUUGUUUCUUGGCAGUCUGGUCUUUUACUGUUCCCUUUGGAUUUGUAGAACCAUGUGGUUCACUCUUGUCCAACAUCUCCAUCUAGUGGAGAGAAAGAUAAAGCAUGUUAUCUAUUUUCCAUAGAACUCCUUGUAAGGAAAAGAAACUGUUUGGGGUAAUAAACCUAACAAUACUUUAGGAAUAUGUUUGCUAUGAAAAAAAUGUCUUCUUUACUGUUCUAACCAAUAAAUUUAUAUGUUUUCAUGA